CCUUGUGAUUGUUCAAAAAGUUAUUAAGAGCAAAUAUAACCGCGACAACUCUCUACCAUUAUUCUCAUUGCUUCGAUAACUUCAUAUUGUGUGACACAAAUUUGCAAAGUCUCUUUUUCUCUAUUCGAAGUCAGUAAACUUUUGAAAUCAGUAAAGCGAAGUUUUGUGUGAAACAUAAUCUUUAAAUAUUAAUUAUAAUGUCAGUUGAAGAGGCUAACAGAAGGCUACCAUAUAAGAAACGUACUUUUUCGAUUAAACAAAAUUUUGAAACGUGUCAUAAACAAGAUAGUGAUCAUACAAAACAUGAAAUGGCUGCUAAAAAUGUUUGUCAAAAUAUUGUUAGUAACAUUGAACGUUCUCGAAGUCCAGGAAAUCAACCAAACGAACAAGUAUUAAAUGCGAUCAGACGUAGAAAAUGUCCAUAUAAAAUCUUGAGGAGAGAGUUACAUAUGUGGUACAAAGAAUCCGAAAAUAAGAUUGACUUUGAGCAAUUUAAGGCUAAAGGAUUCGAUCUUAUGCAAAAGUAUGCUGCACCAAAAUCGUUUACGUCCAGAUUCCUGUGGCUUGAUCGUCGCUUCAAAGAUUUCAAAACCCAGGAAAAUUAUUCAAUCGAACAAAAAGUAUAUCUGCAAAAAAAACAUUUUUCUUAUGAAAUUUUGGAGAGCGAAUUAUAUAAGUGGUUCCGACAGUGCGAAGAAUCCGGAAAUAUGAUUAACUUACAACAAUUUAAGGCUAAAGGAUUCGAUUUUAUGAAUAAGUAUGAUGAUGCACCAAAAGUGUAUAGAACCAGAUACCAAUGGCUGCUUCGUUGUUUCGAACGUUUCGAAAAACAGAAAUGUCUUAAACGUGCUAAAAAUGUUAUUCAAGAGUUCACGCACCGAUUCGGGGAGAACAUUAAAAAAUAUGUGUAUAUUAUGUUCAAAAUAAAAUUCACAUGGAAAGGUCUUCUUACACCGGAAGGCGUCAAGAUAAUUGGCAUACAACAAUUAAAAGGCUACCUAAAUGUUAUAUUUUGUACAAAUAUUACAGGUGACCAUAAAUUAUCACCAUUUUAUUUUUAUGACUGUAUAACGCAAGAAACCCCUAAGGAUUUAAAACAUAUGCCUAAAUCAAUGCCUAAUGUAGAUCAAAUGCUUAAAUGUACAUCAAAAGAUGAAAAGCAAAAAAUUCUCACAGAUUGGUACAAUAAUCAUUUUGUGGAAUUUGUGAAAAAACGUCAACAGGAAACAAAUGUGAGCGAGAAAGUGCUUUUAAUAACUUCGGAGAGUAUGCUUGCAGUUCAUGCAAAAAAUAUCACGCAAAAUGACAAUUUCGAGUUUAUUACAGGAAACAAUUUGUGUUCAAAAAAUACGAUAAUUUUAUACAUAACAUACGUCAGAAAAUAGGAAUCAAAAGUAAAGAGGUAUUUCAAGAUUUUUGCAAAUCUUACGAUAUAAACGUUUAUGUUACAACGAUUAACAAGGCAUGGGAUGACAUUCAGUGUAAAUAUAUCAUAAAAACAUUUAACGACUAUUUGUCAGAUUUUUGUACAGAAGAAAAUACAACGGCAACAUCUUCAGUUAAUCAGACACCAAAGUUAAUUAUAAAUGUAACUGAAGAAGAUACCACACUUAAGGAAAUAUCAGCACAAGUAGAAGAACAAUCAAAAACAGAAGAAGUGUUGGAGAAUACAGAGAAGAAGUUACCCCUUCAGAUGAUAUAAUAAAAGAUCUCAAUUCUCAUAAAAAAGAUAAAGAAAAAGAACAUCAAAAACAGCAGGAUAAUGAUACAGCAGAAUAAUGAAGAAAUUACAGACAAUUUCACAAAAUGUUCGAACUUUGGACAAAAAAUCGAUGGAAGAGAAUGUCAACAACUGGAAAGCACAGGAUCCGCAGAUAACAUUAUAAGUGUUGAAGACAAUGUAGAAUCAAGCCCACUAAAUUUAGCUAACAAAGUAGAAGUACACGUAAAAGACGUUCUUAGGGUAAUGGAAUCAUCUGAUACGAGUUACGAGGAGGCAAAUUUGUAUAGUUUUUUGGUACAUUAUAGUACCAAACUUUUGAUAUUUUGAUAUUUUUGAUAUUUUUGAUACUUUUGAUAUUUUUAA